AUAUAUGUGUGUGUGUGUGUGUGUGUGUGUGUUUGUGCGGGCGUGUGUUGCAGUGAACUCAGUGUCAUGGCGGUCAGCAUCAUGUCUGCUUGUUGUCGAGUGUCUGUUCUGUCUCUUUACCUUCUUGCCCUUUUCCUUCAGGUCCUCAGCCAAGGACAAGUGUUUCGUCAGGCUCCUCAGGCCCACAGUGUUCUCCUGAGGUCCAAACGGGCCAAUAUGUUCCUGCUGGAGGAGAUCCUGCCCGGGAACCUGGAGAGGGAGUGUUACGAGGAGCUGUGCAACUUCGAGGAGGCGCGGGAAUGCUUUGAGGACGACGCCAAGACGUUUGCCUUCUGGACUGUUUACUAUGAUGGAGACCAAUGUAAGUCCAACCCCUGCCUCCAUGGAGGAGACUGCACCAACAAAGCAGGGACGUUCGAGUGCUCCUGUCCUGCCUCCCACACCGGACCAGUCUGUGAACUGGAGCUGUCGAAGACCCCUGCACCUCAACUCAGACCAGAAAUCGCAGAGUGUCCGACUAAAGGUCCGACAGCUUGUCACCAGUUGUGCAUGGCGUCCUACUACUCCUUCACCUGCUCCUGCAUGCCGGGAUUCAAACUACAGGCCGACCAACGGAGCUGUCUGCCUGAAGUGGAGUUUCCCUGUGGAAGACUUCCCGACAAGUUCAACACGACUGUGUCAAUAUGUCGCAAUGGAAACUGUCCCUGGCAGGUGUCCCUGAUGAACAGUAAGGGGGUGGAGUUGUGUGAUGGCGUGGUGCUCGGUCGACACUCUGUCCUGACCUCAAACCGCUGCCUCCUCCAGGACUCAGAGUCCGAACUCCGGCCCUCCAACUUGUACGUGGUCACUGGCAACAACAGGAUGCUCAUCGCUGUCAGUGCUCUGUACGUCCACAACCGUUUCAAAACAAAUCACCACGACAACGACCUCAUCCUCCUCGAGCUGGCCCGCCCUCUGCCCUUUGGCCCCACCCUCAUCCACGUCUGCCUGCCCGCCAAGGACUUCAGCGAAAACAUCCUGAUGCAUUCUGGGAGGACGGGCAUCACUGGGAAACCAGAGGGCGGACAAAAUCAGGACCUGGGCUACAUGACGCUGGACGAGUGUCGCAGCAAGCUGAAUGUCUCGCAUCCACUCAGCAACAAGAUGUUCUGCAUGAGGACGCAAACUGAAGCUCAAGGGAGACCAAAUGGAGCUUUAGGGAACCGAAAUGAGGCCCAGAGGAGCCUGAACAAACCUUUAGGGAAACAAAAUGGAGGCCAGGGAAGGUUGAACGCACAAAUAGUGAACAUCAGCCGGAAUCAAACUGGAGCCGAGGUGACGCCAAAUGGGGCAGAAAAUCAAAUCAGCAGCAGUUCAAAGAGUGAAAAUCAGAAGCCCUCUGUGUCUGACGGUGGUUUGAGGUCAGAGGUUGGGGGCAGGCAAUGUGGCGGUCUGUUGCUGGGGUCACCUGUCGCCACAGUGGAGAAGGGAACGGCGUUCCUGACCGGGCUGCUGAUCUCGUCGUCCACAGCUUGCGACAGUGACAGUGACAGCGGCGGACUAGUGUUCAGCAAACUUUCCCGCUACUUAAACUGGAUCAGACCAAGACUGGAGGCGGUUGAGGAACGCAUGACCCCGCAAAUCAGCCAGUAUCCUGAGACUCAAUGAAAACCUGAUGACCGCUGCCACCUUUAAAACUCUUUAGAAAAGGAGCUAACAGGCUGGUUCAUCUUCAAACCACUAGAUUCCCUUUACUGGACCAAACUGGUUCACUUUCAUUCAUCAGUUUUAUGAAUGAUUUCCGACCUGUGGUUACUGGUGGUAACAGCAGGUGCAGUUUAUUACCACAGGGGGGCAGCAAACACUGAUUCAUCAGCUAAAUCAUCAGAAAUACAACAGCAUAACUACCAGCUAAAUGACUGAGUUAUAGUUGUAUUCUUUAAAGUGUUGCUGUCGCUACAUAGUCAACAUUAGCAUUAGCAACUGCUUGAUUUCCAAUCUUGAUGAAACAUAUUCCUUUACUCACCAAUAUUAACACAUCUUACUUCUAUUUCUACUGCUUCUUCUCUUGAAGUUAGCAUGCUAACCAGCUAGCUUCUUAUUUCUUGUAAACACAACGAUGGCUGAAGCUCUUGGUAAGUAAACAGCUGCUAAUGCUAAUGUUAGCUACGUAACAAAAACAGCACCUUUAACAAACAAUCGUGAUCAGUGACAAAUACAUCGUCUUUCCUGUGGUUGCUUCACAAUAAAAGCCUCCCUAUCUUUGCUCCGUUGAAGUCUUUUAUCAAUCAAAUCGAUUUUUUAUCUGAAUCGUUCACCAACCGAUCAAAUGUUAAAAAAAAAAAAAAAUCUAAUAUUUAAUGUGAAGCAGCGGCAGAGGGGAAUUUAAUCUAAUCCAGCUCUGAUAAUAACAAAUAAUAACAAAAAAAGAAGUGGGUUUGAUUUCAUUGAAUUCUUCAUUGAAAACUUCACCAUAACAUUUUCAAUACUGCAUUAAAUCCAAGAUAUCAGAAGGAUAAACAGUGUAGAAUAAUCUGUUUUAUAUUCUCCCCAGUUUGAACAGGACAUUUAUCACAUUGUGGAAGUAAAGAAUCCAGGAUUUUUACUUUUCACGUGUAAAAAACUUUAAAGGAAACGAAAGUGUCAGAAUUUUGCAGUGAAAUAUGAAAGUCGAUUGAAUUUCCUGUCAGAAUUUCUAUUUGAACUGUAAAUCUAAAUUUGUGAUGUAUAAUUAAACUGACGGUCCAAAGCCUCCAGGGAACACAGACUGUAUCAAUAAACCAAUAACGUCAAUAAUCAAUCAGAUACACGCUCUACAAACCAGCAUCUGUUUUAUUCAACAUUUUUUACAGUACAAAAUAAAAAACAGGUGUUAAUUGAAUGGGUAAAGUUUCCGGGAGGAUCUGUGGAGCGUCGCAGCCAGAGUGGAUUGUGGGUAAUGUAGUCUAGGAGACGGAGGAGAGAGGAGGGAACGGAUUCUGUUUACUGACUACGAGCUUCUGGUGCUGAUGGGAGAUGUAACCUUUGAUGUGACCCUGACAGGAAACAGAAAAUAAAAACGGAUUUAAAUGUU